CUUUUCCAGAGCACAAAUUCUUAUGGACUUCCUGGCUCUGCAGCUCAUAUCAGUUGCUGGAAGCUUUUACGGAAGUUUGCAACAGUCCACAGCUCAAGUAUGAGCAAGGCGGGGUAGGGAGCAGAUGGGCCGGUCAGCCAGCGAAGCCAUUGCAGCGGUACAGACUGCCCCCUGCCAGCACACAGCAGCCCCCUGAGAGGCAGACCCCAGCUCCCAAUGCUUGCCUGCGGGAUCAGGGUGUGCCACCAUGGGCUCCUAUCACUCUCAUUGCUAGGACUGCUUGCAGCGAUCUUGGGCUCUGGCCACACUCAGGCUACUAAAAAUGUGGAUCAAUACCACAGGGUCUCAGGACACACAGAGACCAUGCCUAAUGCCAGGACCCAAGAAGAGCCAUGGGGGAGUGGACGACCCAUCCUUGGCACUACCAAGAAGGAGACGACGGGCAACAAGGAAGUGGAACGGCACACUGAUCCCAAAUCAGAUUGCCCUCCACUGGGACUAGAAACCCUGAAGAUUGAUGAUUUCCAGCUCCAUGCCUCCACCAUCAAACGAUAUGGCUUGGGAGCACACAGAGGUCGGCUCAACAUCCAGGCCGGACUGUUUGAGGACGAUUUCUAUGAUGGAGCCUGGUGUGCUGGGAGAAACGACCCCCUUCAGUGGUUUGAAGUGGAUGCCAGACGACUGACCAUGUUCACCGGAAUCAUUACACAGGGCAGGAAUUCCCUCUGGUCAAGCGACUGGGUGACGUCGUACAAAGUGCGGGUGAGCAAUGACAGCCAUACAUGGGUCACCAUCCGAAAUAGAUCGCAGGACAUGGUGUUUCCUGGGAACAUCGAGAAGGAGAUCCCAGUGCUAAACAGGCUUCCAACACCGGUGGUUGGCCGCUAUAUCCGCGUGAAUCCACGCUCCUGGUACCCUGGGGGUGGCAUCUGCAUGCGUGUGGAGGUCCUCGGCUGCCCGUUACCUGAUCCCAAUAAUUAUUACCAUAGACGGAAUGAGAUCACAACCACAGACAACUUGGACUUCAAGCACCACAGCUAUAAAGAGAUGAGACAGCUAAUGAAGGUGGUCAAUGAGAUGUGCCCAAACUUUACAAGAAUUUACAACAUUGGGAAGAGUCACAAUGGGUUGAAGCUGUAUGCCAUUGAGAUCUCUGACAACCCUGGAGAGCACGAAUUGGGUGAGCCAGAGUUUCGUUACACUGCUGGUUCCCAUGGUAACGAGGUGCUGGGCCGAGAGUUGCUGCUGCUGCUGAUGCAGUUUAUGUGCCAGGAGUACCUCUCUGGCAACCCACGGAUACGGCACCUGGUGGAUGAGACCCGCAUCCACCUGGUGCCCUCCGUAAACCCAGACGGCUAUGAGAAGGUUUUUGAAGUGGGUUCAGAGCUGGGUGGGUGGUCCCUUGGCCGCUGGAGUCAGGAUGGCCUGGACAUCCAUCACAACUUCCCUGACCUGAACUCCAUCCUAUGGGAGGCGGAAGUCAGAAAGUGGGUGCCCCGGAAAGUCUUCAAUCACCAUGUGCCGAUUCCAGAGUGGUACUACUCAAGGAAUGAAACGCGACAUCAAGUUGCUGUUGAGACACGGGUAUUGAUCACCUGGAUGGAAAAGAUCCCCUUCGUGCUCGGUGGGAAUCUCCAGGGAGGAGAGCUGGUAGUCACCUUUCCUUAUGACAAGGCUCGAUCUCAGAGUAGGAUCCAGGACUCAAGCUCGACCCCCGAUGACCAUGUCUUCCGUUGGCUAGCCUUCUCCUAUGCCUCCACCCACCGACUGAUGACAGAUGCUAGUCGUCGAGUGUGCCAUACGGAGGACUUUGCCAAGGAAGAUGGCACCAUCAAUGGGGCUUCCUGGCACACAGCUGCUGGAAGUAUGAAUGACUUCAGCUACCUGCACACCAACUGCUUUGAGCUGUCCAUGUAUGUGGGCUGUGACAAGUUUCCUCACGAGAGUGAGCUUCCCGAAGAGUGGGAGAACAACCGAGAGUCGCUACUUGUCUUCAUGGAGCAGGUGCAUCGUGGGAUCAAAGGUGUUGUUAGGGACCUGCAAGGACGUGGAAUUGCUAAUGCCAUCAUUUCUGUGGAGGGAAUCAACCAUGACAUCCGUACAGCUGCAGAUGGUGACUACUGGCGCUUGUUGAACCCAGGGGAGUACAAGGUCACAGCUUCAGCUGAGGGCUAUAAUCCAACCAGCAAGGUGUGCGAGGUGGGUUAUGAGAUUGGUGCCACGCGAUGCGACUUUGCCAUCAGUCGCACCAACCUGUCACGUAUAAAGGAGAUCAUGGAAAAGUUCGGGAAGAGGCCCAUCAGGGCUCCCCUGAGGCCUCUUCCACAGCGCUCUCCGCAGAGGCAGCGACAAAUGCAAGCCCGGCUCAGAAAGGCCAGCUGACCCUGAAACAUGUCAUUCACUGUAAAAGUAUGCUGGACAACUGGACAUUUCUGACAAGGGCUGACAAUUUUUAGUGACAUUUCCAUGUUCAUUUAAUACAGUGUACUUAAUCUUUGGUAGAGAAAUCACACAAAGUUAUGGUGACAUGUAUGUACCACCCAGUUCUAUUGCUUUGAAACAGAGGAAGAUUGCAAAAACUGUAAUUUUUCAUAGAAAGAGAACAAGCAGUCAUUCCUUCCCUGUUUUUCCCAGUGACUACCUGCUGGUUUUAUAUUAACAUAAUAUCUAUGACUGGAAACUAGCUGUAAUACUGGAUGUCAAUGUAUGUAAUAAUUCAUAUUCAGAAUUCAUUAUCAGUCAGUAGCUGUCAUCUUGCUGUCCAAAAACACACUUUGUCUACAGGAAAAUACUUUUAUUCUCAAAGGUUACAGUACAAGAAUUAAUUAGAACUUGUGUUUAACUAAACUUUUCAGAAAACCCAUCCUAAUCUCAUGUCUAAGAAGGAAAAUAUUGCUUGUUUUGAAGUGAUCGCUGAGACAUUGCCAAUGCCAUUGCGUUCAGGUAAAGAAUGGAUUAUUUUUUUGUCUUCUUUUUCAUAGCUAGCUGCACAACCACUCAACUGAAAUAAACUGUAAUACAGGUUUUGAAAAUGAGUCAAAAAAACCAAAAAUGGAAAUACAAGAAAUAUUGAAAAUAUGACACUGGGAAGUGCCACAUUAUAAACCCCAUUAGUAGAAGAAAGAAAUCUGCUAAUGUGAUAUUCAUACAGUGUAUGCAUUAUUUUGGUUAUUUUUUUUUCAAAUAUUUGUAAUAUUCCAUGUAAUGCUUGCACUUUAGGAAAA